AGUUGUAUGGGAGGACGCAGCAUUGGUGUGUGUGCAGGAUGUGAGGCAAGUGCAUAGGAAGGCAAAGUGGGUGCAGUAGCCGUGGUGGAGUGGCAGAGCCGGGACUAUGAUGCUGGAGACCGGUUCCACGGAAUCCCAUUUGCGGAACUUCAAUUGCCCCUUUGAGCCCCCAUUUCAAGCUGUGAAUGCAGUGCACCACGGAGACUGAUUUAUUGCGAUGCGCAGAAAACCAGGAGGCGGGAGCAUGCGCAGAAGAGAGCAUAUUGAAGCUGAUUAACACUAAAUCCCCACAAUGUCCCUGAAACCACGAGUAGUUGAUUUUGAUGAAACAUGGAACAAACUUCUAACAACAAUUAAAGCUGUUGUAAUGUUGGAUUAUGUUGAAAGAGCGACAUGGAAUGACCGCUUCUCGGACAUUUAUGCUUUAUGUGUGGCCUAUCCAGAACCUCUUGGAGAGAGACUUUAUACAGAGACUAAAUUUUUUUUGGAAAAUCAUGUACGCCAUUUGCACAAGCGUGUUCUGGAAUCUGAAGAACAAGUACUGGUUAUGUAUCAUAGAUACUGGGAAGAAUACAGUAAAGGGGCAGACUACAUGGACUGUUUAUACAGGUACCUCAACACACAGUUUAUUAAGAAGAACAAAUUAACUGAAGCUGAUCUUCAGUAUGGCUAUGGGGGUGUGGAUAUAAGUGAACCACUGAUGGAAAUAGGAGAGCUAGCACUUGAUAUGUGGAGAAAAUUAAUGAUUGAGCCACUGCAGGCCAUACUCAUUCGAAUGCUCCUCCGAGAAAUCAAAAAUGAUCGCUGUGGAGAAGACCCAAACCAGAAAGUAAUCCAUGGGGUUAUUAACUCCUUUGUUCAUGUUGAACAGUAUAAGAAAAAAUUCCCCCUAAAGUUUUAUCAGGAAAUUUUUGAGUGUCCUUUUCUGAAUGAAACAGGGGAGUAUUAUAAACAAGAAGCUUCAAACUUAUUGCAAGAGUCAAACUGCUCUCAGUAUAUGGAAAAGGUUUUAGGUAGAUUAAAAGAUGAAGAAAUGCGAUGUCGGAAGUACUUACACCCCAGCUCAUAUGAUAAAGUAAUUCAUGAAUGCCAGCAGCGAAUGGUAGCUGAUCACUUGCAGUUUCUGCAUGCAGAAUGCCAUAAUAUCAUCAGACAAGAGAAAAGAAGUGACAUGGCAAAUAUGUACACUCUGCUUCGUGCUGUGUCAAGUGGUUUACCUCAUAUGAUUCAGGAACUACAAAACCAUAUCCAUGAUGAGGGCCUUAGAGCAACCAGCAAUCUUUCUCAGGAAAAUAUGCCAACUCAGUUUGUGGAGUCAGUUUUGGAAGUACAUAGUAAAUUUGUUCAACUUAUCAACACCGUUUUGAAUGGUGACCAGCACUUUAUGAGUGCCCUUGACAAGGCUCUAACAUCAGUAGUAAACUAUAGGGAACCCAAGUCGAUCUGCAAAGCACCUGAGCUGCUGGCCAAGUAUUGUGACAACUUGCUGAAGAAAUCAGCCAAAGGAAUGACAGAGAAUGAAGUAGAAGAUAAACUUACAAGUUUCAUUACUGUUUUCAAAUACAUUGAUGACAAAGACGUUUUCCAGAAGUUCUAUGCCAGAAUGUUGGCAAAACGAUUAAUUCAUGGUUUAUCUAUGUCUAUGGACUCAGAAGAAGCCAUGAUUAAUAAACUAAAGCAAGCCUGUGGUUAUGAGUUUACCAGCAAGCUCCAUCGAAUGUAUACAGACAUGAGCGUUAGCGCUGAUCUCAACAAUAAAUUCAACAACUUUAUCAAAAACCAGGAUGCCAUUAUAGAUUUGGGAAUUAGUUUUCAGAUAUAUGUUCUACAGGCUGGCGCAUGGCCUCUAACUCAGGCUCCUUCAUCAACAUUUGCAAUUCCUCAGGAACUGGAAAAAAGUGUACAGAUGUUUGAAUUAUUUUACAGUCAGCACUUCAGUGGGAGGAAGCUUACUUGGUUACAUUAUCUUUGUACAGGUGAAGUAAAAAUGAACUAUUUGUGUAAACCUUAUGUAGCCAUGGUCACAACAUACCAAAUGGCAGUACUGCUUGCCUUCAACAACAGUGAAACUGUCAGUUAUAAAGAGCUUCAGGAUAGCACACAGAUGAAUGAGAAGGAACUGACAAAAACCAUCAAAUCGUUACUUGAUGUCAAAAUGAUCAACCAUGACUUAGACAAGGAAGAUAUAGAAGCAGAGUCUACUUUUUCAUUAAAUAUGAACUUCAGUAGUAAACGAACAAAAUUUAAAAUUACCACAUCAAUGCAGAAAGACACACCACAGGAGAUGGAGCAGACCAGAAGUGCUGUAGAUGAAGACAGGAAAAUGUACCUUCAAGCUGCUAUAGUCCGUAUCAUGAAAGCACGUAAAGUGCUGCGACAUAAUGCUCUUAUUCAGGAGGUAAUUAGCCAGUCGAGAGCUAGGUUUAACCCAAGUAUCAGCAUGAUUAAGAAGUGUAUUGAAGUUCUGAUAGAUAAACAAUACAUCGAGCGAAGCCAGGCCUCAGCAGAUGAAUACAGUUAUGUAGCAUGAUGAUGCUCUCCAGCAGGUGUGGUUGUAAGGAGAUCAUUGCUGUCACUGUUUGGUGUGUUCCUGUGGGAAGAAGCAGGUCUGUGCCUCCAUAACUGGUCACUUGGCAGCCCCUGUUUUUCUGCUGUUUACAACAUCACCAGUGCCACGUCAUGAGCGUCAAUGAAAAUGCCUAUAGAUAUUUCAAGCUCAUGUCAUUAUGACAUUUCUUAAAACUUUACUAAAAGAAUGAGUGAAGUAUUGCUGAAAUGUGGAAAUUUGGUUGGGUACCAUGUCUUUUUUUUUUUUUUCCCCUCCUUCACGUUUGCAGUUGAUGUUUUUUAAUGUAUCUUAAAAGAAAAAGUUAAACUAAAUAUUGUAAUAUGACAGAUAUCCUAAUAAUUGUAUCUACAUUAAAAUGUAAAAUAAAAAAGAUGAACAUGAUACUGCUGCUUGUCAAAUAAAAAAAAUAAAGAAAUGGAA